CUCAAAAACACACACCACAACACAAUCAAAACAUUAUUUUACUUUCAAAAAACACAAAACAAAAAUACCAAAAAGCCAAAACAAGAAGAGCUAGGAUUACAAUAUUGUUAUAAUCUGUCUGUUAGUGCAGAGGGUGAAAUUGUGUGAAAAAAUUGUUCAGAUUGCGGCAAAGGUUGUGCAUGGACCUCUUCAGUAGGGACACAGUGCCUGCAGAAAAGUUCAACUAAGCGAUGGUGUUAAAUCUCAGCCUUUGAACUGGCGGACUUAUUAGAUUUCUGGAUUAGCGAUGGCUCCUGGAGGCGGUGUUUGCAAAGUUGUUGAAUCGCACCCAAAAUAUGCAAAUUAUGAUAUAACUGCAGCAAAAGCAGAGAAAAGAAGUACUCAAAUUAAAUCUAAUAGUGGGUGGGGUGAAAAGCAUGGAAUGCCUUCAACCAAUGGUGUGCAUGAGCUUCUUGAGUGCCCUGUUUGCAAAAAUUUAAUGUACCCUCCAAUUCACCAGUGUCCAAAUGGCCACACUUUAUGCUCAAGCUGCAAAUUUAGAGUGCAUAACUGUUGCCCAACUUGCCACCUUGAGCUUGGAAAUAUAAGGUGCUUGGCUUUGGAGAAAGUGGCCGAGUCAUUGGAGCUCCCUUGCAGAUAUCAAAGUCUUGGCUGCUAUGAUACUUUUCCAUACUUCAGCAAGCUCAAGCAUGAACAACACUGCCGAUUUCGCCCUUAUAAUUGUCCUUAUGCUGGAUCUGAGUGCUCUGUAAUGGCGGACAUCCCAACCAUUGUGUCACAUCUCAAGGAGGAUCAUCAGGUUGACUUGCAUGAUGGGUGUACCUUUAACCACCGAUAUGUGAAAUCAAAACCACAUGAAGUUGAAAACGCAACAUGGAUGCUAACCGUGUUUAACUGUUUUGGAAGACAGUUCUGCUUGCACUUUGAGGCUUUCCAGCUUGGCAUGGCACCAGUCUACAUGGCCUUCUUACGGUUCAUGGGUGAGGAUAGCGAGGCAAAAAAGUUCAGCUACACUUUGGAAGUUGGCGCAUAUGACCGUAAGUUGACAUGGCAAGGAGUUCCAAGAAGCAUCCGCUACAGCCACAGGAAAGUUCGUGACAGUCAAGAUGGGCUUCUCAUCCCUAGGCACUUGGCUCUGUUCUUCUCGGGUGGGGAUAGGCAAGAGCUCAAGUUGAGGAUCACUGGCCGCAUAUGGAAAGGGCAGUAACUCGAGACAUGUUAGUUAUCUUGUUGAUUGUACAGUUUAUCAAGAUUAUGGAAGGCCUGUUGGAGCUCCAGGUCUGUAGGAAGUCUUCAAUCGAAAGUAUAUGAAGACUAUUGAAAUUCAUUCUCCGUUUGAUGUUCUCUUAUUAGAUUCUCAAUGUGAUCCUAAUGUUUAUCCCUGUGGGUGUGGACCGUGAUUAGGUUGUUUCUUCUUUCGCCAUUGGCCAAUUUCUAUGUUGGUUUACAAAACUGGAAAACUCUGAUGAAUGAAUUAUAAUGGAA